AUGUCCAAGCAUGUUAUUGUUGUUACCGCUGGUUCGUGCAGCAUCCCAUAUAUCCCCACACCCGGCACCCCCUUCCCCUAUCAAAUCGAUCCCCUUGCCGCGCGCACGCUUAGUCUCGCAUUUCAGUGCGUAGUCAAUAUUGGAGUACGCGGCUCAGAACAUAUCCGACGCCGCGUUGUCCAGGCUGGUGCCCUCGGAGUCGUUAGUUGCAUCCUCGCCGUCUGGCUCAAGGGCAAAGGAUUCGCAAUUGGCCCAUCGGCCACUGGUUCCGGUGCUCCUCGAGAGUCCCGUGAAGUCCGCGUGCGCAGGCAAGAAGAAGCCCUCGAACGCCAGCGCGCCCUCGAGCUUCCCCGCGCCCUCGAGCACGCAACCUCAUCUGACAACCUGCGGGCGCGUGCGAUUGCACAACCACAACCUCGCAUCGCCACCACCACUGCUCCCCCUCCGGCCCUCCCCCUUUCGGAAGAAGCCGACAAGGAAAUGAGCGGUGCAAGCAAUAUGGGCCCCUCACCAACUCCUCCACCUCCCGCUAUCGGACGAAGCAUGUCCAAUGACUCGGAUGGAGGUUAUGUGGGAGUCCCAUCGCUCCCCGCACCAAGCGGUCCUUCGGGUGCGUUUGCAGUCUCUAGCGGCUCCCAUGCGCGCUCAUUCGAUAUCCGCACUGCAUCUCCCAUCCCAUUGCCUCCACCUCUCCCGUUAUGGGCCGUGCCAUCUCACCCAACACGGCCCAAUCAUCCGACGCCUCGGCCAAUGCCACCCCUCGGGACCGUCGUCGGGAGGCCCAUCUGGGAUAAUGAAGGCGGGCCGAGGCAGGUCGCUCAACCGGUCGCAAGGCCAACUUGGUCCGAUGCGGACGAAACACCCACGCGAGAGGUUACAACCACGGGCAGACGAGGGACGAUAACGCGCAGGCCUCGUCGAGAACGAGAUACGGAUGGGGAUGACACCGAAGCUGAUGGGGACGACCAAACGGCUCAGCAAGGCGAGCGCCGUACGAUUGGCAUUGUCGACGCUGCGGAUGGAGACGGUGCAAUGGCGAUGGAUAUGAUGGGCGAGGGUGUCGGCGUUGGUGUCGUCGCACUCGACCAAAAUGACGACUUGGCGAUGGGUGCUCCGCCCGGGGCUCCAGGUGCCAUCGGAACUCCAAGGGCUCGGGUCGCUCCUGGUACGGAGCUUACGCCCCGAGCGGGCAUUGCCACCCUUGGUGCUCAGAUAGAGCAAACCGCGCAAGAAACUCCCUUUUACGAAACUCCCGCGACCCUCCGUGCGCUCGUCGACGCGAGUAACGAGCCCAAACCUUCGGCCCAACCGCUCUCCAGUACUGCCCAGUCGCCCAAUGUUUUCUCCCUGGUCGAGCGAUUCACUUUCCGCCCCUCCCCCUCCGAAACCACUCUCCCCCGGCUCCCCCACGAAAUACAAUACUGGGCCGGCGCCAAGUACUGCGGCAAAGAGUACCAGAGCAAGGCCUGGGCGGAAGGACAUCGAUUCUGGUGUAGCGCCUGUAAAGAAGAGGACUCCCAGACCGUGGUUGCUCGCACGGGUUCUUCCGCCAACACCGUUCCCCCCGCCGCCGUCGCAACCGAAGUCGAGGUCCCAACCCGACGCGGCCUUACCAACACUGUCACACGUGCAUUGGUCAAUAUCGCAGGCGGGAUGACAGGAAGAACGAACACCACGGUGCAGCAACCGCAAGCACAGCCAGUGCCUACAAACUCGCCGACAGUCGGGCCAGGUGCGGGGUUUAGGUUCGGUGCAGCGGCGGCAGAACACACACAAGGGGGUGGGCCGACGCGGGCGCAAGGGUUAGCUGGUGGGGUUCAGGCACGACCAGGGAAUUUCCAGGCGCAGCUACUGAGGUACGCUAGGAUGGCCGCAGCUGCCAGAGGUGUUCGGCCGCUGGCCCUGCCUGCGCGAGCAGCGAAUCCACCCUCAGCAAGUUGGGCUGGUCCACCGCGAGGAGGAGUUGCGUUCUUCAAUGAACCUGCUCAGGCGGCCGAUGCAGGCCUGUCUCGACGAACUCGAGGACCAGAGACAGCUCGGCGAAGUAGUGGGACAAUGCCCAGUCAAGGGGUUGGCUCGAACCAGGGCGUGGAGCCAAACGACCCGUGGAACGUUGUCCCCGUACAGCGAGUCUCGCCCGUUCCAAGCGCCCCUCAUACGACACCUCAGCACGCAAAUCGACCAUUGGACGUAGAUGGAGACGAUGACAUGGUUCUCGGGUGA